AUGUUGAAUCAAGCUGCAGUUGAAGGAAAAUUUGGGUUUCAUCCCAAAUACGAGAAAGUUCAGCUUACCCACCUAAGCUUCGCAGACGACAUUCUGGUUUUCACAGUCGGUACAGAAGCAUCGCUGAAUGGAGUGUUGACAGUGAUGUAUCAGUUUGCGAGUAUGUCGGGACUUCAGAUCAAUGCCACCAAGUCAUCAAUCUUGGUUGCGGGUCCAAAUAGUCACCUCCUUAACCAUGCUGCGAGUGCGAGAGGCAUUCAGGUUGAUCACCUGCCUAUUUGUUAUCUAGGCAUGCCUUUGACAUAUAAGGUUUGGAGCAAAACCGACUACGAACCGCUAAUAGACCAGCUCCGCAAAAAGUUCUUGUCUUGGACGCAUAUAGCUCUUUGUUUCGCAGGCCGGUUGCAGUUAAUCAAAACUGCUAUCACUAGUACAGUGAACUUUUGGAGCUCUGCUUUUCUAUUACCCAAAGGCUGUAUUGAUACCAUCGAAAGCAUGUGCAGUGCUUUUCUGUGGUCAGGGUCGCCAACAGUCACUCAUAAAGCAAAAGUGGCAUGGGAAGAUGUUUGCACUCCUAAGGAAGAAGGAGGGUUGGGUUUCUUUUGGGUGGCAUGGACUAAAGAGUAUCUAUUAAAACAUGGGUCUUAUUGGGAUGUGCGAGAUGGCUCCUUAGGCUCUUGGGCUUGGCGUAAACUCCUUAAGUUGAGGCCCUUGGCUUAUGAUUGCUUGAGACUAUUGAAUCAAACAGUGGAGAUUGGCGUAUGGUACCUGGCGGUCCCUCGUUCUGCUACUAUCUCUGAUGUGGUAUGUGAGUCUGGUUGGAAGAUCCGUGCAAGAGGGCAUCAGCAGUUCCCUGAAGUUUAUGAAAAACAGAAUGCAACGCAGGUGCCUAACCACCACGCUGGGGAGGACAUUGUGCUCUGGAGAACAUGGCCUGAUGAUUUCAAAGCCUCUUUCUCUUCCGCUAAGACCUGGAAUUACCUGCGAGACAAAAGAGUUGAGGUUGCGUGGAGGAAGUUGGCUUGGUUUCCUCAGGCAGUACCACGACAUGCAUUUAUGGCCUGGCUUGCAUUUAGAGACCGAUUGUCUACUGGGGAUAGAAUGAGGAGCUGGGGAAGGCUGCUUGGAGGUGCCAUUACGCCUGACCGGACUGAUACCGUAGCAUCUCUUAUGCUCCCUGCUCGUACUCGACAUGAUCAUGUUCUAAAGAUGAUGGUGUUUCAGACAGUCCUCUACUCUGUCUGGAAAGAACGAAACUCGCGGAGGCAUGGAGGAGUCUGGGUCACGACGGAGAAGAUCACUCGAACUAUUGAUAAGCAGAUUAGGAACCGGAUCUCAUCUCUUCGUUAUGUUAAAAAUCAUCCGCUAGAGGGACUAAUGAGAAGAUGGUUUGAAGUGUCCUAG